GGCAUUGCUAGCGGUGCGUCUGCAUCUGGCGCUGUGUCGGUCGUGUCUGGUUCUGCGGUGGACGGCGCAUCCGGUGCUGUGCGUGUGGCCAGCGGAUCUAGUACAACGGGGUCCGGUGGUUUGCUGAGCGUGGCGGGCGGUUCCAGCGGCGCGGCGGGGUCGGGAGGAAGUGUUCUCGUGAACGGCGGCAGUUCGCUGACAGGUUUGUCCGGUUCCGUGGACGUGAGCGGCGGAACUUCCUCAUCCAGUGGAUCUGGCGGCGCGGUUAGCGUUUCCGGCGGGUCGUCUUCUAGCGGCAUCGGUGGGGACGUGACUGUGUCGAGUGGCGCCUCUGGCAGCUCCGCUGGUGGCAGCGGUGUGUUCGUCCGUAGCGGUUCUGGCGGCAGCCUGAGCCUCGUUCAGGGCGACAGUGGUGCUGUCGGCGGCGAUGUGGAGUUGCGUGGCGGCAGCGUGGACAGCGCGACCGCGGCGCAGACGGUGAGGAUUGUCGGAUCAGCGAACGCUCAAGGCGCGGGUGGCGACGUGUCGAUCGACGGCGGGUCGUCCGCGGCGACAGUGGGCGGCUCGGUGUUGCUGACGAGCGGCGGCGGCGCCGUGAGUAGUGGCGGCGUGAUUGUUUCUACGAGCGUCGUGUCCGGUGGCUCGAGUGGCGCCGUCGACGUGCGCAGCAGCGCUAGCAGCGUGUCUAGCGGGUCUGUCCGCAUUGGAAGCGGGUCUGGAGAUGCUAGUGCAGGGUCCGUCGAGGUGGCUGGUGGCUCGUCCGCUACGGGUGAGGGCUCCAGCGUAUCUGUGUUGGGCGGCGCGUCGGAUUCGUCGGCGGGCGGCAGCGUGACGAUCCUGAGCGGUGAAAGUGCUUCGACGGUGAGCGGCGCAGUGACGCUCGGGUCGGGCAGCGGUGCGGCUUCCGUGAGCAGUGGCGCGGUGUCGUUGACGAGUGGGUCGGUCGAGGCCGGUUCGUCAGGCGCUGUGUCGAUCGGAUCUGGUGCGUCGUCGACGCAGUCGAGCGGGUCAGUGAGCGUGUCUGGCGGCGAGGCUGCAGGUGCUGGCGGGUCGGUUAGCGUGUCCGGCGGUAUCAGUUCGGGCGACUUGGGCGGCUCGUUGGGUUUGGCCGGUGGUGCUGGCGCGACGGGCGGUGACGUGACGGUGUCUGGCGGCGCAAGCGCGUCGGGCAACGGCGCGUCGCUGGCGUUGCUCAGCGGAGAAGGUCCAAGCAGCAGCGGCGAGGCGCGACUGGCUAGCGCAUCCGGCGCAGCGUCGGGCGGUGUACGGAUUUCGUCCGGCUCGGCAUCUGGGUCCGGCAGUACGGACUCUGCUGGCAGCAUUAGCGUGUCGGUGGGGUCGUCUGUCGUUGACGGCGGCGCCGUGGACGUGCGCGGCGGUUCGAGCGAUCAAGCUGCGGCAGGCGAUGUUGUGUUGGUGGGCGGCUCGUCACUGUCGACAGCGUCUUCGACUGGAGUCGUGGCUGGCGCCGUUCGGCUGGAGGGCGGCAGCUCUGCCGGAGACAGUGCCGGCGGCCAUGCAUUCGUGUCGGGCGGUACCGGUGUCGUGGAGGGCGGCUCGGUGUCCGUGCUGAGCGGUAGUGGCAGUGACGCAGCUGCCAUCAGCGGUGACGCGAUCCUGGGGUCAUCCGCUCCUGGUGCGAGCGGAGCCAGUGGGUCCGUCGAGGUGAGUAGUGGCGCUACCACGGGAGGCUUGUCCGGCGAUGUGACGCUGGGCAGCGGAGCUUCGACCGGGAGCGACUCGGGCUCCGUGACGGUGGCUGGCGGCUCGAGCGACGCGGCGAGCGGCGGCUCUGUGUCGGUGCUCGGCGGAAGCAGCAGCGGUUCGUCAGCUGGUGGCGCGGUAUCGCUGUUGAGCGGCGCGGCCAGUGCGAGCAGCGGCGUCGUUACGGUGUCGAGCGCGGCUGCCACAGGCUCGAGCGUGAGCGGUGACGUGGGCGUCAGCACUGGCGAUGCCGACUCCGGCGCGUCGGGAUUGUUGUCAGUUGCGUCUGGCGGCAGCGCGAGCGGGUCGAGCGGGUCUGUGGUCGUGUCGAGCGGUGUUUCAGACUCGUCGGACGCAGGCAGCGUGCAGAUUCGCGGCGGGCCGACUGGAAGCACGAGCGCGCGCGGGGGCUCUGUGUUCGUGUCGUCCGGCGAGGACGGCGCGGUGAGCUUGUCGAGCGGUGUUCGUCGCAGUGCUGCCGGCGGCACGGUCGAAGUUGUUGCCGGCGAUAGUACGGAUAGCACUACGGGUGGCGGCUCGGUGAGUGUGCGCGGCGGAUCUCUGACGGCGUCAUCUGGUGUUGCUGGAGGCGUCGCCUUAACUGGCGGUGUCGGUUCGUCUAGCGCUGCGACCGGAGGCGGCAUCGUUCUGGCCGGCGGUGCGAGCGAGGCUGGCGCUGGCGGUGUCGUGGACGUUGCUUCGGGUGCGGGUUUGCUGGGCAGCGGCGACGUGAGCGUGACGAGCGGUGCUUCUGCGAGCGGAGACGCAUUGAGCGGUUCUGCGACGAUCGGGAGCGGCGCGUCGGUGGAUGCAGCGUCGGGCGUGGUGACGCUGUCUUCCGGUUCUUCGGGGUCGGGUAGCAGCGGCGACGUGUCCGUGCAGUCUGGCGAGGCGUCUACCACAGCAGGCAGUGUGUUUGUGUCGGGCGGUUCUAGCAGCUCGUCGACGGGCGGCGCGGUGUCGGUGUCUAGCGGCACUGGCAGUGUCUCGAGCGGCGUUGUGUCGGUCGGAAGCGGCAUUGCUAGCGGUACGUCUGCGUCUGGUGGUGUGUCGGUCGUGUCUGGCUCUGCGGUGGACGGCGCAUCUGGUGCUGUUAAUGUGGCCAGCGGAUCUAGUACAACGGGGUCCGGUGGUUUGCUGAGCGUGGCGGGCGGUUCCAGCGGCGCGGCAGGGUCGGGAGGAAGUGUUCUCGUGACUGGCGGCGAUUCGGAGACGGGUUCGUCCGGUUCCGUGGACGUGAGCGGCGGAACUUCCUCAUCCAGUGGAUCUGGCGGCGCGGUUAGCGUUUCCGGCGGGUCGUCUUCUAGCGGCAUCGGUGGGGACGUGACUGUGUCGAGUGGCGCCUCUGGCAGCUCCGCUGGUGGCAGCGGUGUGUUCGUCCGUAGCGGUUCUGGCGGCAGCCUGAGCCUCGUCCAGGGCGACAGUGGUGCUGUCGGCGGCGAUGUGGAGUUGCGUGGCGGCAGCGUGGACAGCGCGACCGCGGCGCAGACGGUGAGGAUUGUCGGAUCAGCGAACGCUCAAGGCGCGGGUGGCGACGUGUCGAUCGACGGCGGGUCGUCCGCGGCGACAGUGGGCGGCUCGGUGUUGCUGACGAGCGGCGGCGGUGCCGAGAGCAGUGGCGGCGUGAUUGUUUCAACGAGCGUCGUGUCCGGUGGCUCGAGUGGCGCCGUCGACGUGCGCAGCAGCGCUAGCAGCGUGUCUAGCGGGUCUGUCCGCAUUGGAAGCGGGUCUGGAGACGCAAGUGCAGGGUCCGUCGAGGUGGCUGGUGGCUCGUCCGCUACGGGUGAGGGCUCCAGCGUAUCUGUGUUGGGCGGCGCGUCGGAUUCGUCGGCGGGCGGCAGCGUGACGAUCCUGAGCGGUGAAAGUGCUUCGACGGUGAGCGGCGCAGUGACGCUCGGGUCGGGCAGCGGUGCGGCUUCCGUGAGCAGUGGCGCGGUGUCGUUGACGAGUGGGUCGGUCGAGGCCGGUUCGUCAGGCGCUGUGUCGAUCGGAUCUGGUGCGUCGUCGACGCAGUCGAGCGGGUCAGUGAGCGUGUCUGGCGGCGAGGCUGCAGGUGCUGGCGGGUCGGUUAGCGUGUCCGGCGGUAUCAGUUCGGGCGACUUGGGCGGCUCGUUGGGUUUGGCCGGUGGUGCUGGCGCGACGGGCGGUGACGUGACGGUGUCUGGCGGCGCAAGCGCGUCGGGCAACGGCGCGUCGCUGGCCGCAUCCGGCGCAGCGUCGGGCGGUGUACGGAUUUCGUCCGGCUCGGCAUCUGGGUCCGGCAGUACGGACUCUGCUGGCAGCAUUAGCGUGUCGGUGGGGUCGUCUGUCGUUGACGGCGGCGCCGUGGACGUGCGCGGCGGUUCGAGCGAUCAAGCUGCGGCAGGCGAUGUUGUGUUGGUGGGCGGCUCGUCACUGUCGACAGCGUCUUCGACUGGAGUCGUGGCUGGCGCCGUUCGGCUGGAGGGCGGCAGCUCUGCCGGAGACAGUGCCGGCGGCCAUGCAUUCGUGUCGGGCGGUACCGGCGUCGUGGAGGGCGGCUCGGUGUCCGUGCUGAGCGGUAGCGGCAGUGACGCAGCUGCCAUCAGCGGUGACGCGAUCCUGGGGUCAUCCGCUCCUGGUGCGAGCGGAGCCAGUGGGUCCGUCGAGGUGAGUAGUGGCGCUACCACGGGAGGCGUGUCCGGCGAUGUGACGCUGGGCAGCGGAGCUUCGACCGGGAGCGACUCGGGCUCCGUGACGGUGGCUGGCGGCUCGAGCGACGCGGUGAGCGGCGGCUCUGUGUCGGUGCUCGGCGGAAGCAGCAGCGGCUCGUCAGCUGGUGGCGCGGUAUCGCUGUUGAGCGGCGCGGCCAGUGCGAGCAGCGGCGUCGUUACGGUGUCGAGCGCGGCUGCCACAGGCUCGAGCGUGAGCGGUGACGUGGGCGUCAGCACUGGCGAUGCCGACUCCGGCGCGUCGGGAUUGUUGUCAGUUGCGUCUGGCGGCAGCGCGAGCGGGUCGAGCGGGUCUGUGGUCGUGUCGAGCGGUGUUUCAGACUCGUCGGACGCAGGCAGCGUGCAGAUUCGCGGCGGGGCGACUGGAAGCACGAGCGCGCGCGGGGGCUCUGUGUUCGUGUCGUCCGGCGAGGACGGCGCGGUGAGCUUGUCGAGCGGUGUUCGUCGCAGUGCUGCCGGCGGCACGGUCGAAGUUGUUGCCGGCGAUAGUACGGAUAGCACUACGGGUGGCGGCUCGGUGAGUGUGCGCGGCGGAUCUCUGACGGCGUCAUCUGGUGUUGCUGGAGGCGUCGCCUUAACUGGCGGUGUCGGUUCGUCUAGCGCUGCGACCGGAGGCGGCAUCGUUCUGGCCGGCGGCGCAAGCGAUGCUGGCGCAGGGGGUGUCGUGGACAUUGCUUCGGGUGCGGGUUUGCUGGGCAGCGGCGACGUGAGCGUGACGAGCGGUGCUUCUGCGAGCGGAGACGCAUUGAGCGGUUCUGCGACGAUCGGGAGCGGCGCGUCGGUGGAUGCAGCGUCGGGCGUGGUGACGCUGUCUUCCGGUUCUUCGGGGUCGGGUAGCAGCGGCGACGUGUCCGUGCAGUCUGGCGAGGCGUCUACCACAGCAGGCAGUGUGUUUGUGUCGGGCGGUUCUAGCAGUUCGUCGACGGGCGGCGCGGUGUCGGUGUCUAGCGGCACUGGCAGUGUCUCGAGCGGCGUUGUGUCGGUCGGAAGCGGCAUUGCUAGCGGUACGUCUGCGUCUGGUGGUGUGUCGGUCGUGUCUGGCUCUGCGGUGGACGGCGCAUCUGGUGCUGUUAAUGUGGCCAGCGGAUCUAGUACAACGGGGUCCGGUGGUUUGCUGAGCGUGGCGGGCGGUUCCAGCGGCGCGGCAGGGUCGGGAGGAAGUGUUCUCGUGACUGGCGGCGAUUCGGAGACGGGUUCGUCCGGUUCCGUGGACGUGAGCGGCGGAACUUCCUCAUCCAGUGGAUCUGGCGGCGCGGUUAGCGUUUCCGGCGGGUCGUCUUCUAGCGGCAUCGGUGGGGACGUGACUGUGUCGAGUGGCGCCUCUGGCAGCUCCGCUGGUGGCAGCGGUGUGUUCGUCCGUAGCGGUUCUGGCGGCAGCCUGAGCCUCGUCCAGGGCGACAGUGGUGCUGUCGGCGGCGAUGUGGAGUUGCGUGGCGGCAGCGUGGACAGCGCGACCGCGGCGCAGACGGUGAGGAUUGUCGGAUCAGCGAACGCUCAAGGCGCGGGUGGCGACGUGUCGAUCGACGGCGGGUCGUCCGCGGCGAGUGUGGGCGGCUCGGUGUUGCUGACGAGCGGCGGCGGUGCCGAGAGCAGUGGCGGCGUGAUUGUUUCAACGAGCGUCGUGUCCGGUGGCUCGAGUGGCGCCGUCGACGUGCGCAGCAGCGCUAGCAGCGUGUCUAGCGGGUCUGUCCGCAUUGGAAGCGGGUCUGGAGAUGCUAGUGCAGGGUCCGUCGAGGUGGAUGGUGGCUCGUCCGCUACGGGUGAGGGCUCCAGCGUAUCUGUGUUGGGCGGCGCGUCGGAUUCGUCGGCGGGCGGCAGCGUGACGAUCCUGAGCGGUGAAAGUGCUUCGAGGUUGAGCGGCGCAGUGACGCUCGGGUCGGGCAGCGGUGCGGCUUCCGUGAGCAGUGGCGCGGUGUCGUUGACGAGUGGGUCGGUCGAGACCAGUUCGUCAGGCGCAGUGUCGAUCGGAUCUGGUGCGUCGUCGACGCAGUCGAGCGGGUCGGUGAGCGUGUCUGGCGGCGAGGCUGCAGGUGCUGGCGGGUCGGUUAGCGUGUCCGGCGGUAUCAGUUCGGGCGACUUGGGCGGCUCGUUGGGUUUGGCCGGUGGUGCUGGCGCGACGGGCGGUGACGUGACGGUGUCUGGCGGCGCAAGCGCGUCGGGCAACGGCGCGUCGCUGGCGUUGCUCAGCGGAGAAGGUCCAAGCAGCAGCGGCGAGGCGCGACUGGCUAGCGCAUCCGGCGCAGCGUCGGGCGGUGUACGGAUUUCGUCCGGCUCGGCAUCUGGGUCCGGCAGUACGGACUCUGCUGGCAGCAUUAGCGUGUCGGUGGGGUCGUCUGUCGUUGACGGCGGCGCCGUGGACGUGCGCGGCGGUUCGAGCGAUCAAGCUGCGGCAGGCGAUGUUGUGUUGGUGGGCGGCUCGUCACUGUCGACAGCGUCUUCGACUGGAGUCGUGGCUGGCGCCGUUCGGCUGGAGGGCGGCAGCUCUGCCGGAGACAGUGCCGGCGGCCAUGCAUUCGUGUCGGGCGGUACCGGUGUCGUGGAGGGCGGCUCGGUGUCCGUGCUGAGCGGUAGUGGCAGUGACGCAGCUGCCAUCAGCGGUGACGCGAUCCUGGGGUCAUCCGCUCCUGGUGCGAGCGGAGCCAGUGGGUCCGUCGAGGUGAGUAGUGGCGCUACCACGGGAGGCUUGUCCGGCGAUGUGACGCUGGGCAGCGGAGCUUCGACCGGGAGCGACUCGGGCUCCGUGACGGUGGCUGGCGGCUCGAGCGACGCGGCGAGCGGCGGCUCUGUGUCGGUGCUCGGCGGAAGCAGCAGCGGUUCGUCAGCUGGUGGCGCGGUAUCGCUGUUGAGCGGCGCGGCCAGUGCGAGCAGCGGCGUCGUUACGGUGUCGAGCGCGGCUGCCACAGGCUCGAGCGUGAGCGGUGACGUGGGCGUCAGCACUGGCGAUGCCGACUCCGGCGCGUCGGGAUUGUUGUCAGUUGCGUCUGGCGGCAGCGCGAGCGGGUCGAGCGGGUCUGUGGUCGUGUCGAGCGGUGUUUCAGACUCGUCGGACGCAGGCAGCGUGCAGAUUCGCGGCGGGCCGACUGGAAGCACGAGCGCGCGCGGGGGCUCUGUGUUCGUGUCGUCCGGCGAGGACGGCGCGGUGAGCUUGUCGAGCGGUGUUCGUCGCAGUGCUGCCGGCGGCACGGUCGAAGUUGUUGCCGGCGAUAGUACGGAUAGCACUACGGGUGGCGGCUCGGUGAGUGUGCGCGGCGGAUCUCUGACGGCGUCAUCUGGUGUUGCUGGAGGCGUCGCCUUAACUGGCGGUGUCGGUUCGUCUAGCGCUGCGACCGGAGGCGGCAUCGUUCUGGCCGGCGGCGCAAGCGAUGCUGGCGCAGGGGGUGUCGUGGACAUUGCUUCGGGUGCGGGUUUGCUGGGCAGCGGCGACGUGAGCGUGACGAGCGGUGCUUCUGCGAGCGGAGACGCAUUGAGCGGUUCUGCGACGAUCGGGAGCGGCGCGUCGGUGGAUGCAGCGUCGGGCGUGGUGACGCUGUCUUCCGGUUCUUCGGGGUCGGGUAGCAGCGGCGACGUGUCCGUGCAGUCUGGCGAGGCGUCUACCACAGCAGGCAGUGUGUUUGUGUCGGGCGGUUCUAGCAGCUCGUCGACGGGCGGCGCGGUGUCGGUGUCUAGCGGCACUGGCAGUGUCUCGAGCGGCGUUGUGUCGGUCGGAAGCGGCAUUGCUAGCGGUACGUCUGCGUCUGGUGGUGUGUCGGUCGUGUCUGGCUCUGCGGUGGACGGCGCAUCUGGUGCUGUUAAUGUGGCCAGCGGAUCUA